CGCGGAGGGCGCGGGCGGGGGCGCGGGGCGGCUGGCUGCACGCGGCAGUGUGCGCUGAGCCCCCGGGAGCGCGGCAUGGGUGGCGCGCUGCUGCUAGCGCUGCUGGCGGCGGCGCGGGCCAGCGAGCCCAAUGCCACCGAACUCAGCCCCUCGCCGCCACCAGAAGAAGAGAAGACCCCGCUCUUCCCCAUCGACCUGUUCACGGACGACCAGCGGCGGUCGGGAGCCGUGCUGCUGCAUGUCGUCGGCAUGGGCUACAUGUUCGUGGCGCUGGCCAUCGUGUGCGACGAGUUCUUCGUGCCGGCGCUGGACGUGAUCAUCGAGCGGCUGGCCAUCCGGGACGACGUGGCCGGCGCCACCUUCAUGGCGGCGGGGGGCUCCGCGCCGGAGCUGUUCACCUCCAUCAUCGGCGUGUUCGUGUCGUUCGACGACGUGGGUAUCGGGACGAUCGUGGGCUCGGCCGUGUUUAACAUUUUGUUCGUGAUCGGUGCGUGCGCGCUGUUCUCCAGAACGACUUUGACACUAACUUGGUGGCCCCUGUUCCGAGACUGCUCUUUUUACUCCGUCAGCCUUCUCGUGUUGAUAUAUUGUUUCCGGGACAGCGAGAUAUACUGGCAGGAAGCGCUGGUGCUGUUCUCGCUGUACGGGGCGUACGUGUUGUUCAUGAGGUGGAACCAGCCGGUGGAGCGAGCACUCAAGAAGCUCAUCUACAAGAACAAGGUGACGCGAGUGCGGAGUACUGAUCAGCUGAUGCCAACGCACCAGACUGCUGCUCAGACCUUGCACGGCAACGCGACGACAUCAAGCGAAACAUCGGUGGGGACGAACACGGCAACCGCAGCUGCGACGUCAGCGGGCCCCAGCAAGGGGCCGCCGCCCGCCGCCAAGUUCCGUCACGGUCUGCUGCAGCUCAUGAUACACACCAUCGAUCCCAUGCAUGACGGCAAGGUGGAUGAGAAGGCGACGCAGUUGCACGCGAUAGCUUCCUUAAAGGUGUUGCUGGAGGCGACACGGCCGACAGCCGGCGGCGCUGGUGCAGCCGCUGCGAGGCAUUCUGCAGCGGCCGCGCAAGCCAAGGAGACACCGCUAGACCUGCCCAACGGUGGGAUCGCGGACGUCCAAUUAGAUGCUAUAGAAGAGAUUGGAGACCUGGAGGACGACACGACGCCGUUGGACAUGUCGUGGCCCUCAGGGUUCCGCAAGCGAGUAACGUACCUGUUAGUCGCGCCCAUUGUCUUCCCACUCUGGAUGACCCUACCAGAUACAAGAACACCGAAAGGGAAAAGAUUUUUCCCAAUAACAUUUAUAGGGUCUAUAGUUUGGAUAGCUUUCUUUUCGUACUUGAUGGUGUGGUGGGCGAAUGUAGCCGGGGCUACAGCGCAUGUGCCUCCAGAGGUGAUGGGGCUGACGCUCCUGGCUGCUGGGACCUCAGUUCCUGACCUCAUCACGUCAGUCAUCGUCGCCAGAAAGGGGUUCGGCGACAUGGCUGUCUCCAGCUCAGUCGGCAGCAAUAUUUUUGAUGUUACUGUUGGGCUACCUCUUCCAUGGCUCCUGUACGGGCUGAUCAACGGCGAGCCAGUCCAGGUCAACUCCAAGGGCAUGGUCUGCAGCAUAGUGCUGCUCUUUGCCAUGCUGCUGUUCGUCAUCCUCAGCAUCGCCUGCUUCAGGUGGAAGAUGAACAAGGGUCUAGGGUUCACCAUGUUCCUCCUCUAUUUCGUCUUCGUGGGAGUCAGUCUCGGCCUCGAAUACGGCUACCUCCACUGUCCGAGCGAAUAGACUGGUCUUUUCGCCUUUUGGUCUUCUCUAUUAAAUAAGGAAUGGAUUUUCAAUGUUGAGCCUUUGAUCGUGACUAUUCGUUUUGGGAAACACGAACGAGAUUUUAAUUCGAAAUAGAAAAGCUGAUUGAACGUUUUAUUGUAGAGUUAGAGAUGGGGAGGCAAUUUUAAAUAGUUUAUGGUAAAUAGUUGAGAACGCUAGCAUUGUUUACCAAGAACAAAUAGUCGACAGUCAAAUUGUAGUGAGUUGGUACUUCCAGCAAUAUUGCACCUCGGUUGCAGCAAACUAUGCUACGUCAGAAAUGAAAUGUAAAUUCGACGUCACAUUGUAACAUUGACUUUGACAUUCUGACGUUGACAUAUAACGUAACGUGCAAGCGUCGAAGAAUGUCAAAAUGUAUAAAUAAUUUUAUACGACACAAUUUUAAAACGUUAUUUACAAUGUGACGUGAGAUAAAAGGUUAUUUAUUUAAUUAUUUUAUAUGAAUAAUUAAAUUUAAUGAUCUGUUAAUUUACUGAAAUGAAAUAAAUAAAUUUUCAUAGUUCGCUGCAAAGAGAAAGACAUUUAUAAAAACGUAAGUAUUAUAAGAAAGUUACUUUAGCGUUGUGAAUUGUUUAGUUUUAUAUUUUAGUUGUCUAGUUGCCAUAGCACAAGCAGUAAGAUAUUGCUCAAAUAUUCCUUUACUUUGUUGUUGCUUUGCUAUGUAGUUUCGUUUAGAUGUUUUUAAAUGAACGCUUGUAAUAGAUGUAUUGAACGAAAUGACGAGAGAUUUACGUGCACCAAAUAUACAUAAGGGAAACUUAAGACAGUAGAACAUUUAACGAAGAAUACAAUUCCUAUAUAAAUAUCGAUGCUUCAGUUCUGAUCAUAACAAUAAGAAUGAUUGCAAUGUAAAUGAUUGAGGUACAACAUUUUUGUAUCCAAAGUAAAUAUUUAGCCAUUAUAGAGACUGUAGUUAUUUAUAUGAAUGUUAGUUGUUUAACUCGAUGGCGCUUUUACGAAGUUUUAAGGCUAAGUUCUUGAUCUAUCGUUAAUGUAACGUGUGAGUUGUGUUUGUAAAUAUUGAACGCGUUGUGUUCUACUUCUGUUCUCUCGUUCAGUUCAUCUGUUCGGUCGCAGGCCGUCGGUCCAUGUGGAUGAUUUGUAUUUAAAUGUAUCGUUGUAAUGAAAGCGAUUUGAUGUAAGUGUGUGUGGCCCGCACAAACAGCUAGAUUGUACAUACACACAUAGAGGGUGCAAGAGCGGGGCAAAUGUAAAAUGUUUUAAUAAAAAUCUCAUUCCAUAAAAUGUGCCUAAGAGUUUUACAAACUCAGUAACAUUUAGCUUCGAUUUUUAUAAAUUAACAGUAAAAAAAUAUAUGAAAAUGUUAAAAAAGUCAUUUUGUCAUCCUGUUAGCGGACUAUGCUUACAUAUAGUGUUAUAGACUAUCCGAGGACACAUCUGUCCCGCUCUACGAUAUAAUACGGUAGUUAGAGUUUACACUAUCUCUAUGAAUUCUAUCUUUAAUUAUAAUGUUCCUCCAUACUUCGUUUCAUCUAUUGACUUUCGGCAGAAAUGUUUGGAGUUGCAUCUGGCAAGUCAAUUCUUAAUAUUACGGCUGUUUCUUCAAAAAUCUCUUCUUCCUUAACAUUUAAAGGGCACGGUUCAGUAAAUUUUGUAAAGUUAAAAAACAUCUUGUCAACCGUCCAUAGUUUCUGUUUCAUAUUUACUUUCCGCUUCUGCACACCACUCUGUUAUCUAUUCAUGAGAAACUUUAAUAAAAAAAAAUGAUGGUAAGUUCAAUUGUUGAAAUCCAAAAGGUUUUAUAUUAAUAACCCGCCUAUUUGACAUAGCAAUAAAUAGACUAGAAUAGAUAGUUAAAUAUUUAUAUUGUUAAGCUUUAACACUUCAGACCAUGUGUCGCUCAAAUGAAGAAAGCAUUAUUGGACUUCAGACAAGUGGCGGAGAGAAGUGACGAGAAAGGACAAGAGCAACUCCGUGAUAGUACAAUACAAUGUCCAUUGGCACUUCUCUAGCCUCUAACUCUUCUAAUAUACGCACAAGUAAACCAUGAAAUACUUAAAUAUUCGCUUAACAUACAUCAGAAAGUUUUAGUUGAACUAGAAAUCAUCUACGUAUAAUAGAAUUUAUACGGUAAAAUGUUUACACGCUGACGUGAAUCUGUUUGGAACAUUUGUUUACAAGUUGACGUUUACAAAGUCAUAUUGUAGAAUGUCAUGAAGGUGUGAUGUCAAUUAUUUUCUACAAUAUGACGUCGACGUCUCGAUUGUGAACUAUGAAAGAUGAACAUGAUAUAAAUGACUGGUGUAUUUAACCAAUCACAGUAACUAAAGAGUCGUAUAAAAUCAUUUUGUAAUCAUGAGAGCUAGAUUUUCGUGUUGUGUAGGCACAUAUUUUGUCUUUGUGCAAAUGUUCCAUAACAUUUAUUGCCAUCAUGACUAUUUAAGGUAAGCGUCCACAGGUCCGCACCGUACGCAUCGUACUCAUCGUAAUCGUGUGACGUCAUCAGUACGCCUCGCAUGUAGGCAUUGCCGAUGAUGCGGAUCAGUGGACGCAGUUGUAUGAGUUUCUAUACAAGGCAAACUAAAAUCCGUUGCGUGCGAUGCGUACGAUGCGGGCCUGUGGACGCUUACCUUUAAAUGACAUAUUAAAGUAUGUUUUAGUAGCGGUGUUCAGAAUAAACAUUUGUUUAAUAACAUGUUUUGUAUGUACUGCAAAAAGGACAUCGACAGCGUGUUUCAUUCUCGCUCUGUCCUAAUUAUAGUAAUUGUGUACUUAAUAUAGCCCAGAUACAAUUUAAUUUAAUGGAUAGUUUAGCUUUACUAUAGCUAUUCUUCGCGACAGGAUUUUUAUAUUAUAAACAAAUGUACCUAUGAAAAAAUAGUGCCUCGUACUAGAACCUAGGUAAUUAUUAUAAAGGAAAUAGAACCUUAAAUAUAUGCAAUACAUGAAAGAAAACCUAUCUUUAUUUUGAACAUUGCAUCUAAUGCGAACAAAUUGAAUGUCGUGAAAAUUAUUCCAAUUUAUAAUAAUAAUGAUAAAUAAUGGACAAAACGAUAAUACUUAUUGCUAUAUAUGUAACGACAUAUCGGUAACCACCGGACAUCGUUUAGGUCAUAAUCUGUGAUAAGGGCAUGCUUAUGACGUAUAUAUAAAAAAAUAUUUGUAUGAACAUCUGUCUUCAAGUUCUCACAUAGUAACUACAUAUGUAUAAGCUUGAAUUUACUAAUCUUCUGUAGUUCGCUUAGCGAUGCCACUACUAGACAGUUACAUUGUCAUACUUAAUGGUCAUUAAAAACUACGAUCAUCAAAGAAAAUUAAACAAUUAUGAGCGCUUUUAAUCAAAACGCUAGCACUCAUUUAUUGCUGUACUCAAAGACAUUUAAUGAUUACUUAAACUAUUCCUUAGUAACGAUUUUGUAUCGAAAACAAUUGCUAAGGACUUGGUUAUGUAACCAUUAAAUUACUCUGAGUAUAGGUUAGACUGUGUUUCUUAAAUUACUUUUGAACAAAUUAAUAGAAAAAGAAAUGCAAUGCGAUUCUUCCAAUGGCUAUGCGCUAUCAAGGCAUUGUUGAAACAAUGAUAUGAGCUCAUUGCUCAAGUUACGUCUUCCCAUGUUUAAGUUAUUUACAAGUUCGGGAAUUUGAGUUAACAUGGGUUAUCCGAGAAUUUGUUGAGUUUUCAAAAAUAUAUAAAAAGAAAACAAUGACUGUACGACGUAGUGGCCACUCUAUAAAAGUUUAAGAUUUGACUCUAUAAAGUAAAAUUAAUUCGAUUUGAAUUUUUCCUUUACAAAUACAAGCUAGUAUGUAGUAUUCUAAAAAUAUCCUUAAAAUUAUUAUCUGACGCACCAAGUACCAAAUGUACGAUAUGCCUAUGCUGAGGAGUCCCAAAAAUGAACUCGAUUGAGUACAAAAUAUUAACUUAAUACAGUUUGUGACACAUAAUUAAAAUAAAUUGUUCAAAAAUUGUAGAAUUUUAAUAAUAGGUAAUUAAUUACAACAGCCGUUUUUCCAAUGCAAGUAAACACGGCGCUAGACAGAAUUUAUUUACUAAUAAAUAAUAAUUAAAUAACAAUUCAAUAGUACAUUAUUGGGACCCUCAAAAUAAUCUAAAUGCUAUUAACUUAUAUAACUAUAUACACUAGAUUUCUAUCUAUCAAUCUCUUGUAUGAUGUACUUAAUUAGGCUUUGUAAAUUAACCAUCCUUCCAUUUGUUUAAUGCGGUUAAUUAUUAUUGAACUGAUAAAGAAUAUUUAUGAUCAUAUCACGAGGUUCUUUUAUUUCACGUCAGAAUGUAGAAAAUGUUUUCUCUGUACCACGUCAGAAUGUAUAAUUGAUGUUACAUUGUCACAUAAUGUACAGACGUCAGAGUGUAACAUUGAAAUGUUUUCUACAUUUUGACGUGAAAUUUUUCUACUUGAAACUCGCCUCUAUGCAUGUCAGUCCACGUAGUUACAUUAAAAUUGCAUUUGUUCAGUACCAAAUAGCACAAGCCGUAUUAGUGACUCAUUAAAUUUCAAACUUCAUUAUUAUAACUACUACCUAGUAUCUAUAAGAGUUAAAAUUUAUCAAUACUAUCGGCGUUGAUAGACGUCGGUUGAACACAUUAAAAUAUCCUUUAUAAACUUCUUCGUAGUCUAAGAUCUAGGCUUAAACGCUAUAAUGAAUAUAAAAAAAAUGUUUAUUAAUAAAAAAAAUUGAAUAUGAUAUCCAGGUAGAGAUUGUUACUAGAAAUGAUGGUUUUUAUAUAAAAAUUAUAAAGUAAAUUAUUGCAGAUAAUAAAAAAAUAUUUUUCAUUCCACUUUUUUGUUGCGACAAUUAUUAUUAUGAUUAUUAUAUACAAAACAUAUGAACACCAUAAUUAUUAUUUAGUGGAAAUAAGAGAUUUAUUAAUAUUGUUUACCUUACUGUUUCAGCUUUAAAAAGGUUCGUAAAUGAAAAAGUGGAGUGAUUUAAAAUUGUCAUUGAUUUCGUUUAUAGCUGACCAGUCUCGAUUUCGAAUGACAGACAGAAUAAUUAUUAUUUCAUUAUUAAUAAUUGGCGCUAUUUUGGUUCAAAAUCAAAAACACUUUUUUAAUAAGACGUUACUGAAGUCAAAAUGUUAACGUCAUUAUUAUUUUAAACAAAAUUGUUUUUUUUUGUUAUAUAUAUUAUUAAUAAUUGUUGUUUAUUAUUACUAUUAUUUACAUAUAUGAAGUCGUCGGAAUCGAGAUAACAGCGUAGGUUGUUAAUAGUGAUAUUACAAAUUAGGUACUUAAAAGUAAAAAAGUGUUAUUAAUUUAAAAAAAACCGUAGAUAAGUUUUAGGAAUUUUCAUCAUGUUGUAACAAGUAAAAAUGGGAGGAGAUGAGCUCUUAUUGGUUAUGAUUUCCAUUCAAAAAAUAAGUGAUUGUUGUUUUUUAAAAAGUCUCAACCGAAAUUAUGACUUCCGUAGUUGAUUUAAAGUUUAUUUUUGUGAAAUAUCGCUGUGAAUCUCGAUCGGAACGUUGACAAAGAAAUAUAAAUAUAAUAGAUUUAUAUAAUAAUAAUAAUAGAAUGUUUUCAUAUAUUAUUAUACCAUAGAGCACGUAUUUACAUAUAUUUUUCGAUAGAUCUGAUUAUUGUAAACUGCGUUCAAAGAUGGUGAUUUUAAAUAAUAAUAUUGAUUGAACGUAGGACUCCUCAUUUUGAAGUAAUAGUUAAUAAUAAGUGAAGCACAGUGUUGUUUGUUGACAUAUUUAAUAAUUAUUAAGUGAUAUACAUAUAUACAAUUCCGAUCGAGCGGUUGUUGUUCUAUUAAAGCUUUUAAUAAUUGUUGACAAUUGAAAUAUUGUGAUAGUUUUAAUAAUUCACUACUUUAUUGCGUAUAUUGUAAUAAUUUCGUAUGGUAUCAGUGUUUAUAUGAUUUUGACGUACAAAAGAGCAUGCCGUACCCAACGUCGGCAGUCGACGGUAUUAUGAAAAAUUACAAUAAAAAUUAUAAAAUAGUGAGUGAAAAAUAA